AUGGGGCAAGAACUCAAGGCACGCAAAGCCGCAGGAGAUGACGUCGCCUAUUCAUUGGACUUGUUCUCAACCGCCAGCCUGCUAGAGACGCCCCACGCAGUUGCCCAGUUGCAUGAGGACUACAUCAAAGCUGGUGCCACAGUGAUCACAACUGCCUCGUACGCAGUGACACGCUUCUACCUCGACAAGAUUGGUGAGGCCUCUCGUGUGAAGGAGCUAAACGAACUGUGUGUGGCACUGGCAAAGCAGGCCAUCGCCAAGACUGACAGUGCUGCCAGUGUGUCAGUGGCUGGUUGCGUACCACCACUGUCAGAGAGCUAUAGAGCAGAUCUUGUGCCCCAGGAUAAGCAGUUGAGGGAAGAGUAUGCAGAGAUCAUCGACUCUUUGAUGGGAUCAGACAUUUUCUUGUGCGAGACUAUGUCAUCAAUGCGCGAGGCGGCAGUCGCUGUGCCCAUGUGUGUUGCAAAGGGAAAACCUACCUGGGCUUCCUUCACUUUGAAGCAUGACAAAAAAGACCGUUUGUGCAUUCCUGAUGGUACGGAUGUUGAAGCAGUGGUGAAACAGACUGUGGCAAUGGGUGUGGAGGCCGUGCUGUUCAAUUGCUGCGCGCCCGAAUUGAUUGCAGAAGCACUUCCCAAAGCCUCGGCAGCACUAAAUGGAUCACCUUCUUACAUCAGGCUUGGAGGCUACGGCAAUGCAUGGGAGGAGUGCGACCGUGAUCACUGGACAAUCGAUCAAAACGAAUCACAUGUGGGCGCCAAUGACCACGGGGCGCAUGGUAUGGUGGUGAGGGACCUCUGUGAGGCGCACUAUGUGGAGCAAGUCCAAGACUGGCUCAGAAGUGGAGCAAGCAUUGUCGGAGGCUGCUGUGGCAUCUCGCCAGCUCAUAUUCAGGCCAUCCGAGACCUGCAAGAGUGCACGGAGCGCCAAUGA